CGCCGGAAGCGUCACAAGGCAAGCCUCGCCUCGUUCCCACUGCGCAUGCGCAGCUCUCCAGCGGAAAUUUGAAGUUGUUUUGAUUUUGUAUUUUUGUAGUGCAGAAUUUGAGUUGUAGGUUACACUUUUUAUUAUCGGCGUACUAAAUUUGUGCACCUUUGUGGGUAAAGGUUUAGAAAGGGUCCCACGUGCGUGUUUGUACAGCGCAUGCUCGUCGUGGAGUUCACCGGAAGUCAGAGAAAUAAACAUUAUUAUUCAUUCCUUACUACACAUCUCAGUCAACACAUUCAGCUUCUUCAACGUUUUUCAUGUACACAAAGCAGCGAAAAGUUGACUGUAACGAAUUCGUCUUCGCAACCUGAUUAUAUAGUCUGUGUGUCUUCUUAUGCACAGAUGCCAGGCUUUGAGCUGGAGCAGGUGGACGGUGGCAGUCCUAUAGAGCUGCCCUAUGGAGAAACUGUCCUGGGGAGAGGACCAUUUCUAGGGGUGAAUGAUAAGAGAGUAUCCAGAAACCACGGCAUCCUUGAGAACCUGAAUGGCCAGCUGCGUCUGAAGCCUAUACACCUGAACCCAUGUUUUUUUCAGACGAACAUUGUGGCUGCUCCUCAGCCGCUGGAGAAGGACCAGUGGCAUUGUCUAAAGGAGGGCGACAUCUUCUCUCUCAUGCCCGGGAAAUACAUUUACAGAGUGCAUGUCAAAGAAGAUGAUCAAACCUUGAGAAACAGUCAGGCGUUUGAGGAGGAGACGGAGGUGGAGAAGUGUUCGAGUGGACCAGCAGCACUCUCUCUAGACUCAGCCACACUUGAAGCCGACAGCUGCAUGCCCACGACCCCGAGCGCCACACUCACAGAAGAUAAAGGAACGAGUGAUCCUUCACACACUCUUUCCUCUCUAAAUGAGGGAUCCACAAAGAGCCAACAGGACGAGUCUGUUGUGCCACAGAAGAAGCGGAUCUUGCCGGCCUGGAUGAUGACUUUAGCCAAAGGCUCUUUUGGAGCAGGUGAGAGCUCAGCGGUGAAGGCGACCCCUACAAAAUCCAAACGAGUAGCUACACCCAAGAGGGCAGCUGGACCCAAACGGGCUCGAGCCGCACUGGUGUCAUCUGAGGAAGAGGAGGUGGAGGAAGAGAUGCCCAAAAGGAAAACAAAAAGACUGAAGAGUGACUCUGAAUAUGAGUCUGCGCCUCAGGAUGAUGCAACCGCUCCCAAGAGCAGUAGAGACGGAUCAGUCCCGGACGGAGCGAACAACAACGGUUUGAUGGAGCGUGAUGAUGUGGAGAGAAGAGGAGCUGGCAGGGGAGCUGAGGUCAGACCAGGAGCUCAAGCUGAAGACUCAAAGACACAAGCAGAAGAUCCCAGUGAUUUUCAGGUCAGCCAGGGAGGCCCACAGAGGUCAACGGUCACGGAGAGUAAAACAAGCACCAGUAAGGUGAAAAAACAGCGACGGACACAGUGUCCUUACGGCAGCUCCUGCUACAGGAAAAAUCCAGCCCACUUUCAGGAGUGCAGUCACCCUGGAGACAGCGACUAUGAGGAAGAGGAGGCAGAGGAUGCUGACGAUGAUAGGCCUGAGUGUCCGUAUGGUACCCACUGCUACAGGAAGAAUCUGCUUCACAAGAAAGAUUACAAACACACUAAAUCACCACCCAAGACCGCUGCUGCUGAUGAGGGUGAAGAUGAAGAUCAAGAUCACUACGAAAACAGUUUUAUUAAUGAUGAGAGCGAGGAGGAGGAGGAGGUGGAUGAAGACUCGGACUACGUACCCGAAUCAGACAACAGUGGCAAAGAGGACGUUAAACAUCUGCAGAAAGAAGCAAAAGCGUUCCUCAGGAGGAAGAAGUGACUUUUGUUUUGGGUAUUUUCCAUGAAAACCGCUUCUACACACUAAUCUCACAACAACUAUCAAACAUCUCAUACUAUCCAAGGAGACAUUUUAUAAAGUGUUAGUGUUAGAUUAUUUUCAUGACCUUUUACCUUCACUUUUUAAGGAAUAGUUUGUGUGUGUGUGUAUGUAUGUGUGUGUGUAUAUAUAUAUAUAUAAAAUAAUCUUUGUUCACAAUCUAAUGUUUGUUUUUAGAGCCAACUAUUUUUCAACUUUUCUCUUAUCCUAUCUGUGUUUUUGUAAAGGCUGCUACUUUAUAAGUCUCUUUUUUGAUGAUUUAAGAAUUCAGGUAAUUAUAGUUGUUUGGACUUUUAUUUUUUGUUUACUGUUUGGCUGUUUAUUUUUACUGCUAGUUCUUGAUUGGACCAUGGUUUAGAAUCAUAGGAAAAAUAAACACUAUUAUAAACAGGUAACACCUUUUUAAAAUGCUUUUUAAUUGCUAUAAUUACAAUACAUUGGGCAUUUAUACAUUUUACUUUCAUCAUCAUUUGUCUGCCAGUGACAUGUAUAGAGCAACAGCAAAGGUACAAGUACAACACUGCUGCUUUAUGAGUUUGGCAUCCUAACUGAAAUAGAACCCUAAAUGAGCGAUUUGAAACACUACUUGGGGAGUAACUCUGUGCAUCAUACAAAUAGCACUCUUUAGGUGAAGUGCACAGGUGGUAUUGAAUAAACAUUAUGAGUUCUACCUUGUCUGAUGCAGCUUAAGAAUUUGGACAAAAGGAGGUAUCUUAGUAGGCAGGCUGUCUUUUAAAACAGCAUUCACAUCGGAAGGACACCUUGAUACCUCAAAAUGCUGUCUAGGUAGGCAGCCUGCAUAGUUUUUGAACAGCCUCUCAAAGCAAAGACCUCACUAUGCGUUACUUGUGUAUUUCAUUUACAUUUCUAGGCCAAAGCCCGUGGGUUGCUAUUUUUAAGAAUUAUUUUUUUGAGGGGGGACAGAUUAACUGAUUUACUGUGCUGAGCAAGUACAAGUGUCUAAAUGGAGAAGCAAACAAACAAGUCUGUUUUUCUGUGAUUUUCAGAUGCGGGUCUUUCCAAGUCAUUGCGAUUUAGUCCAAAACCAUUCACACACACUGUUUAGAAAACACAAAUAAACUGACAUCUGAACAUUCAGAAGAGGAACAGCUGAUGUAAGCAGAUUAAGAAUGCUAAGUCAGGAUUUAUUCAUCAUACAAAGCACUAAGAUGUUGCCAUUGUGACUUUGUCCUGUUCAGUAUUUUGUCUUUUGUAUAAAGAUCAUUCUGGGACUUGGCUGUUCAUGGAAAGCAUUGUUUCUAUUUUGUAAGAUAAAGCAUCAAUGCCCAAAAUGGAGGUUGAAUCA